AUGGAUGUAGACAUCAUGUUAGAUUCCACAACUUUGUUUUCUAAGUACUAUGUAUGCUUUAAAGCUGUAAGUGAUGGUUGGAAGGAAGGGUGUAGGCGUGUGAUUGGCCUUGAUGGUUGCUUUUUAAAGGGUAUUGUUAGGGGAGAAGUUUUGGCAGCUGUAGGGAAGGAUGCAAACAACCACAUCUACCCUAUAGCAUGGGAUGUAGUUAGGGUUGAGAACAAGGCCACAUGGAAAUUGUUCAUAGAUCUCCUCAUGGAUGACAUUGAUGGUGGUCUUGGUGCAGGCAUUACCCUUCUUUUUGAUGGACACAAGGGGUUGCUAGAAGCAGUAAAAGAAAGGUUUACUGGUCAACAUUUCAAGAAGCUUUUUUGGAGGAUUGUCAAAGCUAGUACUGAACAGAAGUUCAAACAUGUAAUGGAAAAUAUCAAAUCUUUAGAUACUCAAGCAUAUGACUACCUUAUAGAUAGAGAUCCUACUACCUGGUCUAAGGCAUUUUUUAAAGAGGGAAGAGAUUGUGAUGCAGUUGAGAAUGGGGAGAAUGAGAGUUUCAAUUCUACUAUUAGGCAUGCUAGAAGGAAACCAAUCAUCACUAUGCUAGAGGAGAUUAGGAUAUUUGUGAUGGAGAGGAUAUCCAGUCAAAGAGUAGAAGGAAUUGAACGGGAUUUGACUAUCUGUCCAAGUAUUAGGAUGCUUAUACAAGAUUUGAAGUCAUUAUUGCCUUAUACAGAUUAUGGAGUGGAUCUAAUUGCUAAGACUUGUGUAUGUAGAAUAUGGCAACUUACAGGGACACCAUGCUUAGAUGGAGUAGUUGCAAUCUAUUCCCUAAAUCAAGAUGCAGAAACAUAUGUGUCCCAAUCAUACAGUAAAAAGGCUUAUCUAAAAUGCUACAAUUAUAGCAUUAACCCUCUCAAUGGUAGUGAUAUGUGGCCAGAAAUUCCUUAUCGAAAGAAUUUGCCUCCAAAAAGAAGAAGAUUACCUGGUAGGCCAUCAGUGAAAAGGAAGAGGGAUGCAGUGGAAAGAGAGUUGAGUGGACCAAUGUGA